AAACAAAUCGACACUGUUUACUUGUCAUCCAACCAUGUCAAUUUCGCAGGAAGAAAUCCGCGAAUUCAACUCCCCCGCAAGAUCAAGCACCACCAAACCAACCAAAAAAGGCAACAAAAUCAACCACUCCCCGCUCAACCACCCCAGCAAAAAGAGCGACGUUUUCGAAUUAUUCACAAUAAAAACCCCAAUUAAGCACCACAAAACCAAAACUGCGCUUUCAGACAGCCAAGACACCUCCGAGCUCUCCGACGAUGUCUUUGUCAAGCCCAAACCCGUCUCCCUGUCCACCCCCAGCAGAUCCGACACGAAGUCCUACCGAGACAGGAUCAACGAACGGUUCAAAAACGUGAAAGAAAAAGCAGGAAAAUCGACGAAGAAAGCGAACGUGUUCAAGGAAGCAGCCGAGAAGAUUCUCUUGGAAAAGGUGAAAAGGGAAAGCAGCGACAUCGACGCGGAGUUGGAGCUGAUGCGGGAUCGCUUGAAGCUGGGAAAAGCGCCCGAGAAUAGCGACGUGUACGAGUUUUUUUGUCGCGAGAAGUGUCACGAAGCGAGUGAGGAGGAGAAGGAAGAGAAUUUUAAGUCUACGGAUGAUUUGACGGACGGGAGGGUUGGUGUUGAGUUCGAGUUUCCCAGGCAGUGUAGAGGGGUUGUGAGGAGUUCGGAGGAUGCUAUUUUGUUUAAAGCGAAAGCGCGACCUGUAGACAUUAUUGAUAAAAUCGACUCGGAAGAACCUCGUUUUUUGGAAGAUGAAGGCCUCUACGUUACUCCUAAGCCCAAACUACCCAUUCAACAUGUCCAUAUUUUGGAACAGCGGCUUUCACGUGACCACAAAAAAUGGUUUAAUUGUGACGGCGAGCUCAACAUUAUUGAAAACCCUUGCCAGGAAAUUUCCUACAGACCACACCUGAAACACCUUCUCGUAGACGAAGUCGCCACUUACUUACCGGCAAAAAUCGAAGACACUGAAUGUGAAGAAAUCGUAGUAGUUAGGGAGAACCUCCUUCAACUACAAAUUUCUUCGCUAAAAUUCACCCACCACCCUUUGUUUAGCUUGGAGCACGUGCUCGCACAAAAAUUGAAGAAACUAUACACGGAAUAUGAAGAAAGUGUUUUGAAGAAUGACCUAACAAGACUUACCAGACGUGUCGAAGGUUUGAGAAAACUUCUGAAACACUGGGAAGACACUUCAAGUCAAUCUGGCGACCAAUCGGACAGAGAAGACGGAAAAAUGGAAGCAUAUAGAAGGGACAUAAAAGAGCUACAAGAACAAGUCUUCCAAGAGGGAAAAAAGGAAAGGGAUAGAGUUCGAACGAUGUUACAGACGUGGAAAGCCGUCAAGAAAGUACGAGAGACAAACAAGUAUGCAAAUACCCUGGUGCGACUAAUCAUAAAAAAAGAAAAAAUCAACUAUGAAGAAGACAAGGAAAAUUUUGAACGCACGUUUGAAGAAACCUACGAAGACUUUCUUGAUUACAAUCGGGAAAAAUCGAGACGCAAAAGACAAGACGAAGACGAAAUUAGGGAAGAGCUCCAGGAACGGUUUAAGGAGAGUUUUAGGGCCCCGGGGGAACCAAUUUUAUACUUCACACUCACCAAUGACAACGAAGUUAACAAAUCUAUAGACAACACCAAAGAAACGAGUCGAAGAAACGUUGUUGCGUCUACCAAAGUCGCUCUAAAGAUAAUUUGUAACAAGAUGGAGGUGUGUAGGACAAAAUGGGUGAACUUGCAAGACGAUUUCACGUGUAACUUCGACGAAACUAUUUCGAUACAAUUAAUAAGCGUUCCAAAGUCAAUCACAGUGGAAAUUAUCGAACAACCGAAAUCUCUCAUCAAAAGAACUGUAGGCGAACUCGCUUUAAAAAUACCCGCGAAAACGUUAAACGAGAAGAAAAAAAUUGAAGCUACGUUCGAUAAAGACGAAACUGUUCACUACAAACACGAAGGAGUCGGAAGUGGCUUAAAAAUGGACAGUUUAGUACAUAAUUUAGGUCUUCCGGUCAAUGAAGACGACAUUCUUAACACCUCCGGUUGUCUAGUGUAUUCCCUAACGUGGGAUUCAUCCACGCAACCUGACGAAAACAGUCCAGAAAGCGCCAGACGAAUCCUUAACGAAAUAAUCGACAAAAACGGGUCAGUAGAUCCCGAGAAACUCUCCCACUGGAUGCAGCAACACAAACCGGACCCUCUGGACCCCCGAAAUUCGAUUUUGUACGAGUACGCGUUUGACUCCAAUGAAGACAUAAUUGCGCCCAACACACCCAAAAAAUAUUUUCGCUUGAACCACCAAAUGGAAGGUUGGCAAUUCUGCGACCCCAAAAUCCUGGAAGACAAUCUCCGACUGAAGGUUUUGCAACUGAGGAAUCGGAAUGAGCCCGAAUUCGACCGAAUGAUGGUCCCUAACCGGAUUAAGGAAAUCCCGCUGGAUAUUCUUUCGGAUUAUAAGAGAAGAAUCGCGGCGGAGCGCGAAGCGAUGUCCAUCGAAGAAGACGACGAUGAAGAAGAGGUCGAAAAGAAGAGGAGCAGCGGGCGGAAGCAUUUGAAGCAAAUCCACAUUAGAGUUUUCCAGAAGUGUAAAAAUUCGCAGGAUAAUCUUACGUUCGAGGAUGUGGUGGACGAGAAAUUGUUGCCCCAGUUGGAAAAACUGGUCACAGGACUAGUUGCCGGUUUUAUCAGGUGGUUUCAGUGGCGUCCUCUCAAGCCUCUUCCCGAAACGAAAACGUCCAAGCAAAACGACUACGAUUUACAAAGUCAAGUUAAAGUUGUUAUUAACGUUAUUUCGGGGCUUAAUAUUCCUGUGCAACGGGAAGGCAAAAAUGAAGUCGUCAAUCCUUUUGUUGAAGCUGAAUAUAAUGAUAAAAGUGUCAGGACUUUGACGAGUCAAGGACCUCAUCCUAGUUGGAACGAAAAAUUGGUUUUGCCACUCGAACCCUCACAUUUGGAUUAUUUGAACCCUAAUUCGCUCAAUGGAACGAUUAUUAUUAAUCUGUUUGAUGAAAGUGAUAAAGUUUUGUUGAGAUUUGGGGGUGAGAAAGGCAAGAACUGGUUAGGAAGUGUGGAAAUUCCUUUAUCAGCGAUAUGUUUUAAUGGGCUUCAAGGGAUGUUCAAAGUCAAAACCCCCUACCUACUAUUCGGCUACGGAGGCAAAACCCAAGCCCAGAACAAAUCCUCACGAAACAACACUCAACCCACUCAACAAACAUACUUGAACCUCCACAUAUCCAUAGAACCCAACGUCCCAAAACUAAACCCCGCCGUGGAGGACCUCCCUUGCGCCGACCUACCCUACAUAAAAGAACACUGUCUACUCUGGAACGAAGACUUCAACACCCGCUACCCACACCGAAAAUUCUCAGUUUUCGCCAUCGACACCAACGCCACCACAACUUGCAUCGUACGCUACAUUAAACCCCUGGAGCCCCCACAAAUCAACGUAGAAGGCUUCGACGUCACCCCCGAACAGUGCGCCCGAUUUGUGUCUUUAAUUCCAUUCACGGACUGCAACGAAUUUUACAAAAACAUCUGGCUUCCAACUGAAAAAUUUCUACACUUCAUGAUUGGUUCAAUCAUAGACCACGCAGUGGCUUUAACGUGUUAUCUCCUGGCUUUAAAAAUGGAAGUGUGGCUUUUGCUAGGUUUCGGGGUUCCAUACGGUUCCACCGCUUUUGUUCUAGUAAAAGAGUAUGACAACAAUCAAAUUCCCGUUUAUUACUUGUUUGACGUGGUUCAGGGGGCGAAAAUUAAUCUGACGGACGCGUUCUGCCCUCUCCAGAAGGUGUAUUGUGUUGUCAAUGAACAAAACAUUUGGGGGAAUAUUCAGAGAAACGACGACGUAUCAACAAUGAGGUUUGAUUUAACCCGUAGAUUUGACUGGGUGGCUUUAUUUAAUAAUCAAAAUGCAGCCCCCACAACUUCCAUUCAAGGGAUAAUUACGUAUUUACCCAAACCUAUUACCGACGAACUGGAAAUCAUUGUGGACCGAAAAAUCCGGAAGCGAGUGGCAAAAAUGAGACAACUGGAUCGCACUAUAUGGAAUCACCAUGUCUCCAACACAGUCAAAGGAAUUUUAAGCGCGUUUGAAAAAACUGAAAUGUAUGGCAAAAGCAAUUCAGACGUUUUUGACGAAAUUAAGAAGUUGACAAAGAUGUAUAAGAUGCGUGGACACAUUUUCAAUUCAGCCUUUACUGACACAUCUUCGAUUGUUAAACGAAUAAAAUCAUAUGGUGUGCACUUAGUGGAAGAAGACAAGGCUCAAUUCGCAUCCGCCGUGUACGUGAAGCCCUACCCCAAUCAAGUUUUGUCGGUUUGGAUAUUUUUAGGGGCAAUACAUGACAUAAAUCUGGCGGAGGAAGAGCCCCCAUAUUGACAAUAUUUUUACAAAAUUGUUAAUUUUAUAUUUACUGUAAGUACGAAAUAAAGUAAUAAUUA